CCUUCUUCCUUCCUGCAAUCGCGGCCCCGCUCUCCGUGGACAGAGCGUCCCGCCGUAUGAACUAGACCCGGCGUGCGCGCUACUGUAUGGGGGCAGCUCUCACCGGACCGAUGAACUUGAGUGAAACUGCGGCUGUGCUGGACGCGUUGUCUACGUUCCCGAUCGAGGUGGCGACGGAGAGCAUUGCGCUUACGCGGUGGUCGGUCGUUGCUGUGUAUUGCAUCGCGCUGUGCGAGUGGCUCCAUGCGUUGCCGAAGGAGGUUGAUCUGAUCUGGCCCUCGCGGUGGAACUCCAUCAAGCUUGCCUACUUUCUGUGCCGGUACUACAGCGUCCUCACAUGGCCCAUCGUCAUCUACGCCUAUGUGCUCGACCACUCGAUACAAACCUGUUCCCGCCUGACGCACGCGGUGAACUACACCCUCCUGCCCAUGCAAUGCUUCGCCCACGCUGUGAUGCUGAUGCGCGCGUACGGCUUCACCGGCCGCAAUCGGAAAGCCCUCGUUCUGCUGUGCACCUGCCUCGCGGGGCUGAUCGGGGUGAAUGUGUGGUUCUUCUGCGUCGACGUGCCACAGCUCGCGGAUCUGGUGUACGAGGUGCUCGGCGGAACAGGGUGCUUUCCGGAUUACUCGGCCACGUCAGAUAAUCUGCGGAUAGGCUUGGAGAUGGCGGCCGCUGUAUUCAUGGAUUUGAUUUCCUUGCUGGUCAUCGUUCUCUAUCGGAUACAGAAAGGCCGGUUCCAAGGGUCGUUAAGCCGGGUAUUCGUGAAUCAAGGCCUGCUCGCGUUUGGGUGCAUGUUGGCUGUCAACGCGACAGCGUUGGGGUCGUACUACAAUCCAGAUCUGUACCACAAUGGGAUGGCCCUCCCCUACAUCCUCAUUCUCCCCAACGUCGUGGCUUGCCGGGUAAUUAUCUCCCUGCGCACCAAGGCAAGACCGAGCGAAACAGAGCUCGAUCGGCAACAUUCUGCUUUGAUCGAGGACGAACUCGCAAACUAUGAUGACUUUUGGACGACUCGGAUGGAUGAAGAUGGAUGACGACGCUGAAUAUCCAUGUCCAGUUGCACCGUCAGACGCUAUGAAAAAGACGGACACGGCUUCCGGAAUUGCGUCGCCGCCAGACUUGGCCGCGGGAUAAAUACGGAC